CGGUACCGAGCGGUUCGCGGGGCUCGGCGCUGCCCCCCCCCCCCCCUCACAACCCCCCCCUCACGACCCCGCCGCCGCCGCCACCCGCCCCGCGGGGCCAUGGACUCGGACUCGUGCGCCUCGCCGUUCGCCCCGGAGGAUUUCUCCCCCGCGUCCCGGCGGCACCGCACCGUGGAGGACUUCAACAAGUUCUGCACCUUCGUCCUGGCCUACGCCGGCUACAUCCCGUACCCGCAGGAGGAAACGCCGCUGAGGAACAGCCCCAGCCCUCCCAACAGCACCGGAGGCACGAUCGACAGCGAUAGCUGGGAUCCCCGCUUCAACGACGCCCCCUCUUCGGUUUCCCUUCCUGCCAAGAACAGAAAGAACUUCAGUCAGCUGAAGCGAGCUAAACCCUAUGGCUCCCUGUUCCAGCGGGCAAAGCCCGGCAGCUUCCUGCCGGAGCGGAAGCAAGUCGAUAAGAUCAGGAAGAAGAAAAAGCUGAAGAGAAGGGAAAUGGAGGUGUCUGCGGAGGAAGACUACGAGGAGAAGCUGCUGGAGCUGGAGGCAGAGGACUCUUUUGUAGAGACGCCGAUGAGCCCCUCGUCUGAGGGCGACCCUCAGUCUGUGACUGAGCACAGCUCGGUGUGGGACUCUGACACGCCGUCCAGCGUCUCCUACCCUGCCGUGACGGCCGAGCAGACGGUGGAGAUACAGAGUGUGGGCAAGAGAACGGUCAUUCGCCAGGGCAAGCAGGUUGUCUUUCGGGAUGAGGACGGCACUGGUGAUGACGAGGACAUCAUGGUGGAUUCAGACGAUGACUCGUGGGACCUCGUCACCUGCUUCUGCAUGAAACCUUUUGCCGGGCGGCCGAUGAUCGAGUGUAACGAGUGCCACACCUGGAUCCACCUCUCCUGCGCCAAGAUCCGCAAGUCGAACGUCCCAGAGGUGUACAUAUGCCAGAAGUGCCGGGACUCCAAGUUUGACAUUCGCCGCUCGAACCGCUCCCGGACGGGCUCGCGCAGGCGCUUUCUGGACUAGGCAGGGGACGCGCGCUGGCGCGCUGCGUGGGCGGGCAGGCGAGCCGUGCAAAGCACAGGCGCCGGCCGGGAGCUGGGGAGAGCUCCCCCGAACUGCUGCUGCUCAGGCCAAGGGGCCGCCCAGCCUGCCUGCGGCACCGGGGCUGGGGUCUCCCAGAGCUGUGGACGGCCGGGGCUGGAGGAAGCAGACUGGUCAGAACUGCUGCUAAGUACUGAGGAGCUCAAGGGACAGCUGGAGCUCCCUGGGGUUCGGCGGGGUUUUGUCCAGUUACAGCUAUGGGUUGGAUGAUGUUUUGGGAAUGUAUAAUACCUUUGCCACGUAUUUUUUCUCAUCCCAUUGGGAAACUGCAAAACUUCUCUGUGCUAGGAAACUCAUCCUCUGAAGAGGGAGGAGGAGGAAGAGGGAAUCUGUGUGAAGAGUCUGAAAAGUAAAUGGCCACGUGUUCUAAUUUUAAUGUAACGUUAUACCUGCCCGUUUGUCCUUAUGUAUCGAUCUCAGAUAUUCUCAGGCUCCGGAGGAGUGAGCGAAUGCAUACCGGCCUUUGUGAUCUGCCUCCUCCUCUGUGGGCCCGGGCAGGAGGCGAGUUCUGUGAUUUGGCAUUGGUUGAGUAAGGAUGGGACUUCCUCCUGCUCUGAGGGCCUGGUGCGCUUCAAGGAAGAGAACAGUCCUCCUUCUGGAUGGGCAGUGCUGGAAAACACUUGACAUCAGAUUUCCUAGAAGUCUCUUAACAGUGAUUUUUUGUGACUUUGUUUUGCAUGAUUGGCUCAAAUGUGUGUGUGGGGGGGAUACCAUUUGCUCUGUUUCCCGGCCCUUUGUUAAACUCUAAGGUGCUGUUUCAAGAACACAAUGACUCUCCCUUUUUUCAGCCCAGAAUUAAAGCAUGGACUGUAAAAGGGGCUGUAGUAAACUUAGAACCUGGCCAGUCUGGUUCGGGAUUAGAUCAUUUCCAUCUGAGCACUACAGACAAGUUGACUUUGUUUUCACAGUUUUGUUUUUUGAGACUGGAUGUAUAACCAGAAAACCAAAAUCUUUAACCUAUUGGUUGCAAAUUACACAGAUAAGAGCAAAUGCGGGCUAUGCAGCUAGCAAGGUGAAGCGCAGUGAAGAAGAUCCAUCUGCUUCUGGGAAGGACAAGAGAGCAGAGGCCCCACCAAUGCUGCGGUCCCUUGGCAGGCCUUCCUGGGGCCUCAGCCCAUGGGAGGUCUCUUCAGAAACGUGACAGGGAGCCCAGGCUUGUUUGCAAGGCCACCAAGAUCGAGGUGUUGUCCCUCAGUGACCAAACAGAGCAAGCUGUAUGUAUUGCACAAAUUGAGUUUGUUUUUGAGGUGUUUCUCUUGAGUUAUGCCUGAUGAGCACGUUCUCUGUCCUGCUGGGACCAUGAGGCGAGGGGAGUGCAGCUUCAGCAAGGUCAGCGCUGACAGGAGCGUGUCUGCUGGUCCUGCAGACACAGCUGGUCAGAGACUGCCUCACAUGAGUACUGGCUGAUCAGGAGACACGUUCUUCAUCAAAAUCCUGUCCCACCAUGCUGUAACAACCGACUCUAGGUUCUGAAAACCAGCUCCAGCUUCUGUCAAUCCAAGCCCCUGACUGCGGUUUGCUGCCUUCCAGAAGCUAAAUGGAACCACCAAGGAGUUUGCCAAAGAUUUGCCCCCUGCGGCUGCCCGACUGCUCCUUACAGCCAGAAAAAUAACCAAAGUUCUCAAAUGCUGCCAUUUCACUCUGCAAACAGAAAGGCUUUGGAAGAUCCUGGUUGCAAGCUCUGUGAGGGUUGGACCUGCUCUGAGUAUUGGCAUUUUUGUGUUUACAGCGUGUCUGCAAUUCAGCUGGACCUCUGUGGAAUGUGUUCCUGAAAUUUUUAUGGGAGAAAUGUUAAAUGGCCAAGUGAACCUGCCUCUUUUUUUUUUUUUUUUACAGAGGUUCGAUACUAAUCAAUGUGACUGACUCUUGUUCUGUUACCUUUUCAGAUUUAUCCCAGUAGAUGGUGUCUGACAAGUCCAGCACAUUACAAUAUCAGCAGAGAGAAAAAAGUAACAUCUCCAUUCUUUUAGUUCAUCACUUUCAGCCAUGUAUAAUUAUAGUUUAAUUCAGAACUUUAUUUUUUCAUUAAAACUGUUUUAAUGAACCAUGCUUUUUUUUAAAAUGUGGAACAAAUGAA